AUGGCCCGCGGCAACCAGCGUGACAAGGCCCGCGAGAAGACUCAGGCCAAGCUGGCCAGUCAGAAAUCUGGCAACACCAUGUCCGGAUCUGAGCAGCAGAGGGCCAAGGAAGCAGCCGCGGAGAUUAUGAGGAAGAAGCAGGCUGCCGGUGAGUUCAUUCUUUCCGUACCUGGUGACUUCCAACCAUGCGAAUACUGA